GCGUAGUAGCCAAUGAAAACGCAGAAGCUAAGGGAAGCGGAAAAGGUUUGAAAGACGGGCGCGGAUUUUCAAAACGCAGCAGUACAAUGGAGUCCGAGAGCAGACCAGCGGAAGCGUUUAAAACUCCGUGUAAACCGGCGAAGAUAAAAAGUCCUGUUGGUUCUUGUGGAACCCCGGUGACUAUACCAGCGUCUCCGUUUAUGAAGAAGCUCGGCUGUGGCACGGGUGUGAACGUCUACCUCAUGAACAGAAAUGGAAAACAGACUCAUUCGCCGUGGGCCAUUAAGAAGAUCAACAGCAAAUGUGCGAAGACUCAGCAGACCAUGUUUCAGAAGCGUUUGAAUGAGGAAGCGAAGAUCUUAAAGGAAUUGAAGCACCCAAAUAUUGUUGGUUUCCGGGCGUUCACUACAGCGAAGGAUGGCUCGAAGUGUUUGGCGAUGGAGUACGGAGGGGAGCAGUCUCUCAAUGACUUGAUUGAAAAGAGGAGAGAGGAGGGCCUGCAGGCAUUCCCAGUUGCUACUGUUGAAAAAGUGGCUCUUCAUGUAGCUCGUGGUUUGCAGUAUCUGCACAACGAGAAAAAGCUUCUGCAUGGAGACAUGAAAUCCUGCAACAUCGUCGUUAAAGGUGACUUCGAGACCAUCAAAAUCUGUGAUGUCGGUGUUUCCCUUAAGCUGGAUAAAAAUAUGCAAGUGAGCGACCCGAAGGCUCACUACAUCGGCACCGAGCCAUGGAAACCCAAAGAGGCGCUGGAGGACGGUGUCAUCACUGACAAAGCUGACAUCUUUGCAUAUGGACUCACCCUGUGGGAGAUGAUGACUCUCUCUGUGCCGCACCUAGAGAUGCUCGACAGCGAGGGUGACUGUGGGGAUGCUGAUGAUGAUGAUGACUCAUUUGAUGAGGAUGACUUUGACGAAGAUGCCUAUUAUGAGAGGCUGGGAACCCGCCCUCCGCUGGACGCAGCCACUCUGGGCGGUGCCUACCAAAGAAUGGUGGAGCUUUUCUGUCUCUGUACUGAGGAAGAUCCCAGCAAAAGACCGUCAGCUUCUCACAUCGUUCAGGCUCUGGAGUCCAACAGUCAGCUGGAUGAUAAACGUUGUGAGGUCAUAGUCAUAGAUUAAUUCUGUACCCUUUUUUUUCUUCCUUACUGUACUGUCUGUCCUUAUUUCAGUGUAAAUUCUUUCCUGUCCUGUUUUUAAACUUUUUUUUCUCUCCUAAAAUUCACUCUACAGUUAUCACUGAAAAACAUUAUCAUUUACAAAUAUGUACCUGUUUUUACUGUAUGUAGAUUUGGACUUGUUCCAGUUAUUAAUUAAAUGAUGUAAUUAGA